CUCGUCUAUUUUCCGAGUUCCCAGUUGUUUUGAACGCGGCAUUAGAUGUAUCUUUCACUUUGAGCUGUCAGACUUUCAUGUGCUCAUUACAAUCUGAUGUGGAUGGUCGGGGGAAUUUGUCAUGCUCAGUGAGUGACAGCUGUGGUCUUUUUGCAUGCAGCAAUAGGUUCCAUCGCCGCUAGGACGAGCCUGCAUCGACUGAGACAUUGUGAUAGGCUGGCUAUAGGAGAAGGAACCGGCUGCAUGCACCUCCUCCACCGUCAGCAGCGAGAACGGUACCGUUCAGUGCCUGUAUCACCCGUUAACGGGAUGACGAAGUGAACCAAGCCUCCUCACGCACCGAACGCUGGAUUCCGCAUGAGGACUGAAUGAGUGGAAAGAGAGGGAGACAAGAGGUGAUGGCGAUGCUGGUCUAGUGAGGAGAAGGGAAAGCCGAUUGAUUUAAUCAGGACCUUAACAGCCGACACGGGGUGUCUACCGAGGUUUCAACAACCAAUUAAUCCCCUCGCACGACGGAGGACAUUUGUCAUUCCGAGGCGAUGGGAACCGCGCGUGGAUGCCGGACUGCGGUUUAAACGUGCACGUGUCUCUCUGUGAAAGCGCCGCUGUGAUGGAGCACGACGAAAGUAGCGACGUGGAGGUUGCUGCCGAGCCCCUGCUGCACGGUAUUCACGCGCCCAAUCGGAUCAGGCCCUCGUCGUACCGGGCACUGCGGAGUGCGGUUUCCAGCCUGGCGCGCAUCGAUGACUUCGUAUGUGAGAAGAUCGGGUCAGGGUUCUUUUCAGAGGUCUUCAAGGUGCAGCACAGGAUCACAGGCCAGGUGAUGGCCCUAAAGAUGAACACUCUGGCCAGCAACAAGGCCAACAUGCUCCGGGAGGUCCAGCUCAUGAACCGGCUCUGCCACCCCAAUAUACUCGGGUUCCUGGGAGUGUGUGUACAGGAGGGCCAGCUCCAUGCUCUGACUGAGUACAUCAACGGGGGUAACCUGGAGCAGCUGCUGGACAGUGACAGGUAUCUGUCGUGGUCGGUGAGGAUGGGUCUGUCUCAGGACAUCGCCUGUGGCCUGCAGUACCUCCACAGCAAGGGCAUCUUCCACAGAGACCUCACCUCCAAGAACUGUCUGGUACGCUGUGAGAAUGGUGUGUUCACUGCAGUAGUGGGAGACUUUGGUCUUGCAGAGAAGAUUCCAGACUACAGUGACGGGGUUGAUCAGCAGCCUCUGGCCGUGGUGGGCUCCCCCUACUGGAUGGCCCCGGAGGUGCUGAGAGGAGAGCUCUAUGAUGAAAAGGUGGAUGUGUUUGCCUAUGGAAUCAUCCUGUGUGAGAUCAUCGCCCGGAUAGAGGCUGAUCCGGACUUCCUACCUCGCACUGAGGACUUUGGACUAGAUGUGGAUGCCUUUGAGAACCUGGUUGGUGACUGUCCAACACCAUUCCUCAACCUUGCAGUCCUCUGCUGCAAUAUGAAUGCAAAGAUGCGUCCCUCAUUCUCUGAGAUAGUGGUCUUGCUGGAGGGGAUGGAGAGAGGAGAGGAGGAGAGGAAGACGGCCAUCCCUCUGGGCGAUUGUCUCUCGUCAAAACCCCCACUGGCCACAUCAGCCCCUACCGACGACGGAGUUCCCUCUGUCACCCUGGCGACCAGCAGUUGUCACGGAGCCAGUCUGAAAUGCUUCCACCAACGACGCCCCCCACUCGGCACCCCGGCCCGGGUCAACCCCUUCUCCCUGCGGCAGGACCUGAACGGGGGCCGCAUCAAGCUCUACGACACCCCCAGCAAGUCUGUCAUCUCCCUGACCUUCACCCUUCCCCAGCAGCCUGACACCUGCGCCUCUCCCCCCCUCAGGGGAAACCUCUUACUCCGAGGGCCCCCCCGGCGCUGCCAGUCUCUCCCCUGCACCCCCGAGCCGGAGCGAACCCUCUCCCUCCUCCGGGACCCCGACCUGCAGCGCUUGAGGAAACAGGAGGAAGAGGAGGGGGAGGAUGAAAGGAGGAAGGAGAAGGGAGGGAUGGUGGCGGGUGAAAGGAGGAAGGAGAAGGGAGGGAUGGUGGCGGGUGAAAGGAGGAAGGAGAAGGGAGGGAUGGUGGAGGAUGAAAGGAGGAAGGAGAAGGGAGGGAUGGUGGAGGACGUGUCAGAUGAUUCAGGGCUGCCUCUGGACCUGGUGUCUCUGGGUCCUCUGGAAGAGGAAGAGGAGGAAGGUUUUUCUCUGGGGGAGCCUAUGGACUGCAGCAGGUCUCCUGACACACUAGAGGGCGCUGUCCCUACACCAGGGAGACAUCUACUACACCCAGCCUCAUCCUCUUCCUCCCUGUUUCUGCAGCCUAACGGCUGGCGUCACCCAGUCUCCAAUGCCCCUUCCUCCCUCCCUCCUCUCCCUCAUCUGGACAACAACAACAUCUCGGCGAUGGUGGUCGUCGGCCGUCCGAUUGGCUGGAGGGCUAGCGGCUACCACACCGCAAUCCCGGGCCCCCCUGCUGGCCCCGCCCCUGAACAAGAUGAGGUAAUUUCCUGUCCGGGCUGCUGUCUGAUUGGUCUGAGCUUUCCAUCCGUGUGCCUGAAGGGGUGCCGACCCCUCGCCGCGUUCCGCCCCGACGACCGUACCGGAACCUCAACGGGGGGGGCAUCAGUGACCCUUCAGCUGCCACGGCAACCAAGGGACUGCUUUGUUGCGGGGCGAAUGGUCUCGCUCCUCCGACCGCACCUUGCGUGCCUGGGCUACCCCUACCAGAGGCACAGACUUAGGCAGGACUCCCCCUAG